AUGAAAGCCAUAUUUAAUUCUAUCGCUUGCUGCAUUCUAUUGUUUUCCUCGGGCAGUUUUGCGAACAAUGUAUUUGGCAGACAAGUAGCUUCGUCUUCAGUGGUUGUAGCGUUGAAUACGACAAGUUCUGUGCCCCCGGCAUCGACACCGACUGUGGCUCCGUCAGUCAAUGGAUCUGAACACGACCUCCCGCUGCAUUUCUGUCGACUCUGGAGGCAUGCAAGUGUUUACGCCGAGGGAAAGAUUUAUAUUGAUAGCGGAAAUACGUAUAUUCCCAAUGGCAAUACAACGUUCUAUAACACCGCUGUUGGCGACUUUAUACAAGGAAUGAAUGAUGUGCUCGUCGUUCUGGACCUCUCACGAAAUUUUACGAAUAACGAUACAUCAGUAUAUAGCGUCAUCGACAAAGGUCCAGGUGUGCCAAAUGCUCUCAUCGAAAGCUCGCUAUGGUACUCCAAGGCUACGCGGAAGAUAUACCAACUUGGAGGCUGGUUUUCGUACAACAACGAGGAUGAUCCAGGCUAUGCUCCCGAUUCGCAAAUCCCAGCGUCGUCAAUCUGGGAAUUUGACAUCGAUUUAAAGUCUUGGGCUCAAUCAGCACUGUCAUAUAUCAACACUGGAAUGAAAGUGGAUCGACCCGGCGCGGCUGCACACUGUGAUGCGCCUAGCUUAAAUAAGAGCUUCCUCUUUGAGGGCUAUGUCCAGCACCGCUCUGAUCCGGAUUACUUGGGUUUUACGGUCGCUUCUAUGUUCAAGUUUCUCGAAGGCAUGCUACUACUCGAUACGAAUACUUUCCCACCAACCCUCACCAAUAUCUCAGUGCCUAACUACAUUGGACCGCGUAUGAACGGCGCGAUGGUCCACAUCCCUGUCGGAGAGCAGGGUAUCAUCGUCCAGAUUGGUGGUCAAACAACUACUAGCCCUACGCCUUUCGGAGUCCCCAUUGUUAACGCAAACGAGUAUAAUAGUAUGAUAAAUAACACCAUGGUUGAUAUAUACGACGUACAAACAGGGUACUGGUUCCAACAGGCAACUUUUGGUAUUCCCGAUAUUCCUUAUGCUAGAUCGGACAUCUGUACAGUUGUCGUUGUGGCUCCAGAUAACAGCUCGUACAACAUCUUCAUGAUUGGAGGAGUUCAGGCUUACACGAGUGUCAUUCCUUUCGAGGAGAUGUGGGUACUCACCAUGCCAACAUUUCAAUGGGUAAAGGUGUACUCGCGCCCAAACGGUCUCUGGGGCCACACUUGUCAUGCAGUCGGAGAGAAUUUGCUUGUGAUCGGAGGGAUGCAGAUGACUUCCAACGGCGGGAACGACAAUAACUGCUCCGCGCAAAUGCCUGCUGAUAUCUUCAACUUAGUACAGAUGGACUAUACAGGCCAAUUCGACCUUGCGGGCGCAAGCAGACCCGCACCAAUUCCAGCCGAUGUCGUAGCUCUGAUCGGGGGAAAUGCAACUGGUGGAGCACUUGUCACGACACCUGCUUCCUGGAGCGAUCCAUAUGUCCAAUACAUUUUCAACCAAUCUCUCGUCCGCCCAGCCUACACUCCAACGUACACCCUCGCGAACACCACCGCUUCCCCCACCGCCCGCUCAACAACAACCGCAUCCCCAACACCACUAGGUGCGAACAAAGCAGUAUCCCACAUCGGCGCCAUCGUCGGCGCUGUAAUCGGCGGCCUCAUCAUACUCGCGCUCCUCAUCGCCACAAUCGUCAUCCUCCGCAAACGCCGCUCAGCUAACAAGGCCAGUAUGAAGUCUGCGGAGGCGCGUCCCGAGAUGGUGCAGAGUCCUGGCAGCGAACUCCCGGGCUACGAGUUUAAUGAUCCGAAUUCGGCUGAGGUGGCUGCUGCGCAUACGAGUUAUGCUUCUACGGGCCAGCCCGAGAGUCGUUUGGAUCGGGAGGAGGCCGCGGAGAUGGAUGCUGAGUAG